GAUGUGGAAAACUCUAGAGAAGUUUCUUUUCCCUUUUUCUAUUGUUUUGAGCUAAAUACUGGAGCUGGACAAAGAACUGAAAAAAAGAAAUAAACGAAAAAGAAAAAAUCGAAAAUCAGAAAUGGAUCCUCGUCUCUGGCACAAAGUUGCAGCUAUCUCAGGUGUAGCUGCUCUAGGGCUCGGAACCUAUGGCGCUCAUGGUUUCAAGCCAAAGAACCCUUCCUACAACGAUGUGUGGCGUACAGCAAAUUUGUACCAUUUGGUUCACACAGCUGCUUUGCUCGCCGCUCCUAUUACUUCACACCCUAAUAUUUUUGGAGGCCUUUUGACUACUGGAAUCGUGGCAUUUUCGGGGACGUGCUAUGCGGUUGCAUACCUAGAAGAUAGAACGUAUUCUCGGUUGGCCCCCUUUGGAGGAUUUGCCUUCAUCGGUGCAUGGGCAAGCUUGAUGUUCUGAGCAGUUUCAUCUCUCAAAAUAACAUGUUGUAAUUGCUAUUGGCACUAUUGCUAUUGAGAAAUCUGUCUCUUAGCUAUAUAUUGUACUUUGUAUACUGCUUUUUUAGCUAUGAAGAAAUAUAAUAAAGUUAUUGAUUUCUCUA